AUGCACGCUCUGCAAGUGUCUAGUGCGGGCACCAACGUGGCAGCUGUCUCCAGCCCCUCAUACGGCUGCUCAGGCGUCUCCCCCGUGGCAUCUCCGCGCAAAACCGAGGGGCCUCCUGGAGCCUUUGCUGUGGUGCAGACGCUGGUGCUGGCCACCUCCUCGCCAGCCGGACUGCUCUUCCAGCAGCCGGGAAAAGCAAUCAUUGGCAAAGCAACCCAGCCGCCCAAGGCACCUCCGCGCUGCCUCCCCGACACCCCUCACACACCCCCUCGCACCCCUCUCACGCCCCCUCAGACACCUCGCAGUCCUCUCACAAACCCCCUCACGCAGACCCCACGCCCCACCUCACGCCCCCCUCGCUGA